UAAGUGGAGCAUUUUGGUUUGCUAGUGUUUGAGAGAGAGACGCGGUUUUAAUGUCUGCCGGAUUUAAUAGUAAUUUUGGAAGUCUUGCUCUGGAAUUUAAAACUGUGUCCUGCCGUUCUUGCAACAAGAAUAACAAAGCUACAUAAACGCGUGCUCUCUAGAUAAGCUGUUGCCUAUGCUGGUGAAUUUCUGGAGGUUUAGAUUUCAACUCCCAAUACAUUUAUUUAUUUAAGGAGAUCUGGUCUGGGUCCAACUGUAUGGGCUGGGUAAUUCACUUUCCCUGGAUCAUCUGUUUCUGGGUUAAUUUUACAGUAGGAACUCAAGUGAAGUCAGCCCUUUUAUAGUAAACCAUAUCAGCUGUACUCUGAUUGGAACCAGAGGAACCAGAUGCUGAAAAAACAAUUGGUGUCAUGCCAGAAGGAUCACUCAGUGCUCUGUAUGAGGUGCCAAUGGGCGAAGAAUCCCCUCGGUUGUCCACCGCCUCAUCAGUGAGCAGCAAUGAGAGAAUGUCCACAGUCACAGUCUCGGAAUGCUCAGCCUCGGUCAGCGCAGACUUCUCGGAGACUGACCGGCCAGUGAGCGUGGUGUCCACUAUCUCCUCAGGGUCCUCUCGGGACGGGCAGAGCCUGUACGGCAGCAUGGCCGCCUUGACCGCUACCACCUCGACUACCUGCCAGUCAGAACCCCAGCACCAAGACGAGACAGACAUUGACUUGGAACUGAGCCCCUCGGAAGCAGACAUGGGCACUGAGGUGUCAGACAAGGUGGAGGUCAGCCUUCGAGCGAGCCGCUCGCGCAACAACAACAACAACAACACAGCGAACAGGGCCAGCAUGGAUGGCUCGCGACAGCCCCCGCUCUCGCCCUUCGCCGCCAAAGCCAUGGCUCCCAAUCCCAAACUCAGCUACGUGGACCGUGUCGUCAUGGAGAUCAUUGAGACGGAGCGCAUGUAUGUGCGAGACCUGCGCAGCAUUGUGGAGGAUUACCUGGCCCAUAUCAUUGACACUCCAGAGCUGUCUAUCCGACCUGAACAAGUCUGUGCUCUCUUUGGAAACAUUGAGGAUAUCUACGGCUUUAACAGUGAACUUUUGCAAGCUCUGGACAUGUGUGAAAACGACCCUGUGGCUAUUGCCCAAUGCUUUGUAGAGAAGAGUGAUUAUUUUGAUAUCUACACUCAGUACUGUACCAACUACCCCAACUCUGUUGCUGCCUUGACAGACUGCAUGAGGGACAAGUUUCUUGCCAAGUUUUUUCGAGAGAGACAGGCAUCACUGAAGCGCUCCCUCCCACUGGGGUCCUAUCUGCUCAAACCCGUCCAGAGGAUCCUAAAAUACCACUUGCUGCUCCAGGAAAUUGCCAAGCAUUUUGACCCACAGGAGCUUGGCUAUGAAGUGGUGGAAGAGGCGAUUGACACCAUGACCGGGGUAGCCUGGUAUAUCAACGACAUGAAGAGGAAGCACGAGCAUGCUGUGAGGCUGCAGGAGGUCCAGUCGCUGCUGCUCAACUGGAAGGGCCCUGACCUGACCACGUACGGAGAGCUUGUUCUCGAGGGAACCUUCCGGCUCCAACGCGCCAAGAACGAGCGCACCCUGUUCCUCUUCGACAAGAUGCUGCUCAUCACCAAGAAACGAGGGGAGCACUACGUCUACAAAACCUUCAUCACGUGCUCCACCUUGAUGUUGAUAGAAAGCACAAGAGACUCGCUGACUUUCAGCGUCACACACUACAAACACCCCAAACAGCCUCACACUGUCCAGGCCAGAACGGUUGAAGAGAAGAGACUGUGGGCCCAUCAUAUCAAGAGACUCAUUCUGGAAAACCAUCAUGCUAUCAUUCCACAGAAGGCCAAGGAAGCCAUCUUGGAAAUGGACUCCAUCUACCCAUACAAAUACAAAUACAGCCCGGAAAGGCUUAAGAAAAGCCUGUCGAGUCAUGCGGCUGAUGACUUCACAGACGGGGGGAGACAGGGCCGACGGCUGUCUGAACCAGCUAAACAGAUUAUGAAGAACACCAAAGCGAUUCUCAAGCACGCAGACAGUGAAGGGGCGCUUCUGGCUGACAGUGGCUCCCUACAGGCCGGAGCCAGUGUCGGAACCCUGGCUUCAAGGCUAGGCGAUUCUGAGGCUGAAAGGCCUAGUAUGGAGGAGGAUGAGGAGGAAGCAGACUAUGAAGAGCUUGGCCUCAGUAAGGAAUCCCUUGAGCGGCUCAACCCUAGUGACAGUGAGGUUCCUAGUCAAGGGGCCGAGCUCCCAGCUUUCAGGGCUGAGGAGGGAGAGGAUGAGGAAGAUGAGAUACUGAUGGGGGACGACCAGAAUGGAGAAGGGCAUGACCUUAUUGAAGAAAAUGGGUUCCAGAGACAGAAUAGCCAAUCUUCUGGGAAAGAGGUGCAGAAAAGGAGUGUGGAAGGUGGUUAUUUAAUAGAACAGGCUGCAGAAGAGGUGGAGCAGAUAUUCAAUGAAGAGAUUCAUUCUGAGAGUGAAGACAGGCGUUCAGAAGAGCAUUCUUCAGACUCUGAGCCUGUAAUCAUUGAUGGACGGCCUCCUGAUGCUCCGGAAGCCACUCAGCAUCCAGAACCCGAAGAUGACCAAACAGAGGAAAGGCAGGAAACAGCCCUGGAGUCUGUCUCGGCUGACACAGCAGAAGAACCGAAGACACUGAGCAGCGGAGAGUCUUCCGAAGACGAAGAGGAGGAAGAACCAACGACAGAGUGUGAGCCUCAGGGCAUCCUCCCAACGUCCGUGCUGGAUCAGGCCAGUGUGAUUGCAGAGCGUUUCUUGAACAAUCUCUCCAGACGGGACAGUUUGAUAAUGGAGGACGGCAGGUCCCUGAGCUGCCCUUCUCCAAGACUGACCAGCAGAAGCAGCAGUAUCCUGAGCCUAGACGCUAUAGAAAAGGCCCAAAAACACUCCAGCACGUCGUCAGAAGCUCCAGGGAUCUUAACCUCUCGAGAAGCCACAGCUCUUCAAGCCAACAGUACUCAGGAGUCCACUUCAGUAUUGUCUCCAAACUCAGAUAAUCUUUUCGAGCUGGAAAGAACGCCACCUUACAGACGAAGGGACUCCACUUUAUCCAAGCAAGACAGGCUCCUCAUUGACAAGAUUAAGAGUUAUUACGAUCACGCAGAACACCAGGAUGUCAGCUUCAGCAUCAAGAGGAGGGAAAGCUUGACCUAUAUCCCACCGGGACUCGUUAGGAACUCUGUUUGCAGAUUCAACAACAUACCCAAGGACAAAUUUGCCCCUGAGGAGGUUGUGAGGAACAGAAUUGGUGGCUCUGCUUGUACGGUUAACAGCAGACCAGCUUCGUGGACCGUGUUUGAUCUUCCGGCUAUGGGUAAGAACAGUGGGCCUGAGCCCAUAGCUCCAAAACUUGAGGAAUCCAGUAGCCCUCAACGUAGUGAAACCGGGUCAUUGAGUGCUGAAAAUCAUUUCCAGAAUCCUGUAACGGAUGAAGAAUUUAAGCCAUCAACAGAGAUGAUUAAAGUGUGGCAGCAGAUGGAAAAGGAAGUCAAUAGCACUCAUAUGGAGCAUUCAAGGAAAGAGAUUCCAGAGGAAGUGCAUCCCUCAGGGAGACCAAGCCCACACCUGUCAAGAAAGGGGCAGGUUAGUAAUGGCAGUAUUGCUCCAAAGUACAACGAACCCCUCAUGAUACUCGAAGACGACGAUCUGAGCACCAUCACAGAGGAGUCUUCGAACUCAUCACCAGACAAAGGCUCCCCAAGGACAAUGCUCUUCGGGGGAAAGCCUAGCUGGUAUGGAAGUGAGGGAAACAGUGAGAGCAGUGGUGUGAGGACCUCGAGGGUGCCCACCCCGAGGAUCAUCCAUUUGGGUUCUUGUUUUGACAACGAGAUGCAAGACAUGGAACAGGUCAAGAGUAAGGUGUUCCAGCUUGCCCGGCAUUUCAGUCAGAGAACAAAGACCGCUAAGCCUGUGGUGAAGCAGAGAGGCAUGGACGGUGCAGGACAGCUGAAGAAAAGGAACCUAUCCUCUGUGCAGGAGGAGAAGAUGGAGAAAGAAAGUAAAGGAAAACCAAACCUGACCCUGUCCUUUCCUGUGUACGACAAAGUAAUUCUCCAAGAGCUAAGCCCAUCACCACAGCACAAGUCUCCAGCACAGCAGUGCCCAAGUCCUGUCCACACUGCUGGCUCCUCUGUGAGUCCCAGAGUUCUGUCCCCAAGCAGACCCUGUUCCAAGAGCCCCCUCAGCCCUGUUCAGUCAGAGAGCUUUCACUGGCCUGACGUCCAGGAGCUGAGGUCCAAAUACGGCAAGAAAGAAACCAGAAGUGGGCAGUCCAAGCUUCUUUCAGUGGCCAGGAGCUGUUCUGUCCCUGAAAAGAUGCUGGAAUUUCCAGAAGGGAGAAGCUCAAAUUUUAACUCCACAGUGAACACUCAGUUUGGUGUCCGCGGCAGAACAGCUUCCACCAGCACCGCUGAACACCGGACCUCCAAGGCUCUUCAGCCGGACAAGGCAGAGGGCCUUAGCCAUCCCCAGAUCUGCAGGACUGGUUCCUUAGAUCAGAGGAUAAGCGGACAUCAUUUGGAUGGCUUUAAGAACCUCAAAAAUGAAGACAACUUAAAAAAUAUGUUUUAUGUUUCUGGGGAGACCACCUUGCCCAGUGAGCAAAAGGUCAUAGUUAUGGAGAAAGUACUGGAGCAGAACAUUGAUGUUGAUGUUGUAGAGACAGGGGAGGACCUCGAGGACGAUGACAGCUUUGUGCAAAUCCGAUCUCCAACCACUAGGGAGAAGAUCUCCAUCAGGGCGGUCACUGAGAGGUGCAAGGCCUACCAGGAGUCUGAAGAGUACCGGCAAAGAGAGGACGGUGACAAGCCCGACCAGGGGACAAUGAAAGGAAAGGCUAAAGAACAAGACAGGCCAGCCUUCUCAAAUGACCAAAAUGUUGAGUACAGAAGAGGUUCUGUACCAGCAGCAAAAAAGACUGACAUUAACCAACAAAGCUUGGUGAAAAACUUGAGAGAGAAAUUUCAAAAUUUAAGCUCAAAUACCUAGACAUGUUUUUUUUUUUUUUAAUUCAUUUUUUUUUUUUUAAGUCUUGUAUUUUUUUUAAAAGCACUGAAAUCUAUACUUAAAUGCCAAAAACACUGAUUUCUUGUCCACAAUUUUUUAUAGUGGCAUGUAAGACAGAUGUUUUAAAGAUUUUUUUUUCCAGAUUUUUGUUUCUGUUAUAAAUGUAUGAUGAUGAUAGAUAUUUUUUUUAUACAUUUUGUAGUAUAUUGAAGCGAAGAGAAGGUGAAUCCCUGCACUAGAAGCAAAACAGAAAGUAAAUUCUUUAGUAAAAUACCACUUCACAGAUAGCUUCUUUACAUUGAACUGCCAUGGUUUGCUGAGCCAACUGUGCUUUCCGUUGUGUUCAGAAAGUUUUCAGCUGAACGGUGAAAAGGGCUCGCUUAAUCUAAUUCACAUCUCUUUACUUGGUUAGUAUCGAUGUCUGUGCUCUUUUGCUGUCAGGUUCUAUGAAGCAGAAAUUUUUGCUGCUUUCACAGCUACAAGAUUUAAAAAAUACAAACUGCAAAGAAUUAUUUUCUUGUAUUUUUAUUUCAAAUGCCUGUGAGGCCUUCAGUAUAAGGGACUUUCACUUUAAAGAAAGUAUUAACUGAUCAGCUGGAGUUAAUAGUAAUAUAUCUCUGAAGAGACAGUGUAAUCUACUUCAACAUACCUUUCGGGGUGAUUCUCAGUACAACACAUAUAAAAUUGGAAUGGAAUUGGAUGAUGGCCAAUCAUAACAGCCCAGUAUGGAGCUUUUUGAAUGCAUUGAAUUGAAUAAUUUUGUUUUAAAAUGGGUUAGGUGGACCAAUAAUGACUGUAGUAUAUAUUAUGAUAAAAUAUUUGUCUAGCUUUCUGGACAAAACUGUAACUGAACUGCCAAAAAAUGAACCUACAUAUAUAGAUCAUUGGCCAGCCUGACAUCAAUACAACUAUUUAAAAAAAAAAAAAACAAUUAUGUAAAUUGAUUUAAAUCAUGCAUUUUGUGGCACCUUAGGUAAUUUUCCCUUUUUUUUUUUUUUGUUUCUGAAGGCAAACAAUGAAUGUGCAUCACCCCAACCACCUAAAAAAUGUCAAUACAUAUAAUCUAUUGGUCAUGGACAUGUGUCCACAAUAUAACGUAGGUCAAUGCAAAUAUUUUUUGCAUCGAAAUGGAUUUCCUUUGUUGUGUGACUCUCGGUUCCCUAACCUGACUGUAACCUUUUUAAAUGGCACCUUCAUGUAGGAGGUUAACAUAAUGAAAAUUUGCCCAGAAGACAUAUUAAUCAACCCGUACACAUAAGAGUUGGUGGUAUAAGUUACUGGCUGUAUUUAAGUACCGGUUAACAGAUCUGAAAUUCUCUUCAAUGAAAGCCAAGCAUUCCAUCAAUGCAGAAUCUGAACAUGGGAACUAAUCUCGAUCUACUAUUUUCCUUUUAUUUAUUUUUCUCGUGUAAAUGAUAUAAAGAUAUUCCUGUCUUUCUAUAAAUACAGUAUAUAUUAUCCAGUUUAAAACGCACUGUAAAUAAAUGUGUUGUCAUGUUAUGCAUUCCACAUUAAAAUCAAUGUACAUA